AUGGUUUCGAACAAAAAAUCAGUUAACCUUUUCCAACAACGGCAAAAACAAGCCAGGAUUACCAAACAGAUGUUGCCAUUAUGUUUGGAUGACUCUGAUGAUUCUCUCCCACAAAGCCCAAAAAAACACCAGUUGAAAAUAGAAGUUCCAACAGGAAAAAAAGCCAGGAGAAAAAUAAACAAUUCCACCUCAACUUUGAUUGGUAACAACAAAGUACCCAAUCCAGUAUUAACAACAAGUUCAAUACCAGUAUUCUUGCAGAAUUCCGAAGAUUUGAAAUAUGAAAUCCCAAAUCCCAAAUACGAUAUUUCGCCCACCAAUACUGCAAUAGUAUCUCAUGGAAUAUCAAUCCCUUUCUCUGCAAACCUUGUAGCAGAUAUUCAAGGAGAUCCCAAAGAUAUUUCAGAAUCAACACCAACAAUACAUAUCCCGGUUUCACGUCAAUCAGAUUCCUCCUACACUUUCAGUCAGACUGAUUGUAAUACUAUUUCAGAUGAGGAUGAGGAGGAGUAUGAGGAGCAGGAUAAGGAAGGAGAUUUCAACGAUAUUUCAGAAUCAACUCCUACAAUACAUAUCCCGGUUUCAAUUCAAUCAGAUUCCUCCUACAUUUUCAGUGAAACUGAGGAUGAGGAGGAGGAGGAGGAGGAGGAGUAUGAGGAACAGUUUGGUGUUGGAACGGUGAAUGAAAUUUCAGAAUUGGAAAAACAGAGAGAAAGUACAGUGGAGAGGGUGGUGGAGUUUUUGGUACAACAACUACACAGUUUCCAAGGCUGUGGUCAAGAAAUACAUUCGCAACAAGACAUCAAAAAACAGUUUUUUGUGGUAUCUCAAAAACAACAGGCUCUCCUCCACCCAAAAUCUCAUUUGCAUUGGAACCACCAACAAUUCAAAAUCGAGAAUUGCAAAUCCAUACUAUGUUUGACAUUGACAGUGUAUUGGCAUUACCUAAAUCUUUGGCUGUUGCAAAAAGAGGAUUAA